AUGUCUGACGACAAUAUAUUAAUAAAAGAGUCUGAUAUUGAAAUGCUUGAGAAAAUCGGAGCCGGUGCUAUGGGAGAAAUACAUAAGGCUAAAUUUCGAGAUGAAAUAGCAGUGGUAAAACAAAGCAAGUAUAAUGACAAUAAACGAUUAAGAGAGGAAUUUGAAAUCUAUUUUAGUUUACAAAAUCACGAUAAUAUUCUCAAAUUAUAUGGCGUUGUAGCCGAGAAUUAUCAUCUUGUUCUUGAAUAUGCACCAAAUGGUGAUCUGUCUCAAUAUCUUAAAGUAAAUACAGUCGACUGGAGAUCUAAAGCAAAAAUAUGUCACGGGAUAGCUCGUGGUGUGAUGCAUUGCCAUAGAAAUAAUGUAUAUCAUUUCGAUCUUAAACCUCAAAAUAUCCUUUUAGAUAAAGAUUUUACACCAAAAUUGGCAGACUUUGGGCUUUCAAGUUCUAAAAGUCGUUUAGAACUGAAUGGUGGAAAAGCUGGUGGAACUAUAAAUUGGGUAGCUCCUGAACGUGUUAGUUCAGAUGCUAAAAUGUUUGAAUUUUUUGAAAAAUACCCCAAACUUUCAGACGUGUAUUCCUUUGGAUUAAUCCUAUGGUCAGUUGCUAUGAAUGGUGAAAUGCCUUACAAAGAAUUAAGUGUUGAUAAAAUAAGAAAACAAAAACGUGAUCGGAAUACGAUAAAGCGUCUAUUGAAAAGCCUACCAAAAGAAAGUCCACAUCGUUAUACGCAACUAAUUUCUGAUUUAACAAAGUACGAUCCGGAAGAACGAUGUCAACUACCCUCUGCAUUAUUAGAGCUGGAGCAUGUAGUCAAAUAUUAUAAUCCUGUCGAAGGCAAAGACAAAAAUAAAUUACAAAUUAUUAAUUAUAGCUCAAGUACAAUUAGUCAUUCUUCUGGAAAUGCUAAUAAUGUUUCGCACGAAUCUAAAUAUGAACAUCAUAUUGAAGAUAUUUUGAAGAAUAUCCUUCUCGGUUUGGUCGAUUUUUGA